AUGUCGACACAUAAUACUCCAAAUCGUUUACGUCAUACACCAAAAACAGCUCGUGCCUAUGAAUCAAGUGAUAGUGGAACGCCAAGUCCUGCACGAUUUCGUUCAAAACGAAAUCGGAAUGAUGAGAAUUUAUAUCGGAAAGGUAAAUUCGAACCGCAUUUUGAUGAAAAUGCAAAUGAUCAAUAUCAUGAGGAAAAUCAUAAUACACGAUACCAUACUCCAUCGAAACCAACUACUAAACUUCAUGUUAAAAAUGAUGAUUUAAAUACUGAAAAAACACCUCGAACACCAAAACCCAGCUUUGAAGAAGAACAAGAAGAAUUGAAAAAAACUCUAUCAAAAGAUUGGUGUGAUAAAAUGGACAAUGAAGAAGCCGAAGAAAAGAAAUUACAUAGCUUUGUUUUGUAUCUUAAACAAUUUCCUAUUCAUGAAAAUAAAACUACCGAAGAUCUUCUUACUUCUAUUGAAUGUUGUCCAAAAGAACUUCUACGUCGACAAAAGGAAAUUAGUAAAGGCAAGCUAUCGAAGGCAUAUGAAACUUAUCUAUCGCUGGUAGCUCGAAAAUGUCGUACGAGACAACAUCCACGCACACCAUGUAAAUAUGCGAAAAUGUCUCGACGUGGUUUCGAUGGUGCUGUUAAAGCAUGGCGUCGAAAACUUCAUGAAUUUAGUGGUGAUAAAACAAAAGAAAGUACUGGUGCUAAUGAUGACGAUUCAAUCUCAUCGUCUCAACGUAGUGAUUGUUCAACGUCAUCAUCCACUUCGAUGUGCAUGGAUGAAAACGAUGAUAAUUUUCUUCCGGAUUUAUAUGAUUUCGAAGAAUCACUCGUAAAGAAUACGAAUAAAAAUGCUGAACCAUUUAUUGAUUUGGAUGUUGCCGAUUCCAUGGAUACAAUCGUGAAUAAUGUCGAUUCGCGUUCAGCUAUGGCAUUGGAUUAA